ACGUGCGCCGCUGUUGCUAGGAUACGAUAAACUCACCCUGUGAACUAAACACGUAAAAAUAUCAAAACACGAAAUCGGCUUUCAAUAUGGAGAUUGUGUAUGUAUACACAAAAAAGCGCAGUGAGUUUGGCCGCCAGUGUAACUUUUCAGACAGACCUGCCGAGCUGCAUGUGGACAUCCUGCCCGAUCCUUCCCUGGCUGCCAACUUCAUAGUGAGAGAUCCAUGUGAUGUAGCCAUACAGUGUGCCCAGGACACGUCUGAACAUGAGGUCAACACAGAGCGCUUCGAAUCUGAAUCAAGAGGAAUAAACCAUGUGGAGGGUGGAUGGCACAAAGAUCUCAACCCAGAGGACAUGGAGGCGACCAUCCGCUACAGGAAGAAAGUGGAGAAAGAUGAGCACUAUCAGAACACCAUUAUGCAGAUUGCUAGUCUCAUGGAACACUGUAUCAAGCAGAACAAUGCCAUUGACAUCUAUCAGCAGUAUUUUGAAGCUGAAGAGGUAUUUGAGGAAUCCGACGAACAGCCAUUGGCUAAGACAAUCAAUGUCUUCAGAGACCCAAAUGAAGUGAAGCGCACAGCCACCAGUUUGUCCUGGCACCCAGACGACAACCGCAAACUCGCUGUUGCCUACUCUUCACUGGAAUUUCAAAAAGCUCCCAAAAACAUGAGCUUUGACUCCUACAUAUGGGACAUUGAAACCCCAAAUAAACCCGAGAUGACUCUGAAACCCGUAUCUCCACUUGUUUGUCUGGAGUACAACCCCAAAGAUUCUCACAUCCUCAUUGGGGGAGGCUAUAAUGGACAGAUUGCUUAUUGGGACACACGCAAAGGGAGCCAGCCAGUAGAGAUGUCUGCCGUCGAGCAUAGCCACAGAGAUCCUGUCUACAAGGUCGUCUGGCUACAGUCGAAAACAGGCAUGGACACAUUUUCCGCUUCUACAGAUGGUCAGGUAUUGUGGUGGGACAUUCGAAAGAUGAGCGAGCCCACAGAAAGACUGGUGCUGGACCCCUGUAAGAAGGGUAACCUUGACAACGCUCUUGGUGCCAUCUCGCUGGAGUUUGAGACUACUAUGCCCACUAAGUUCAUGGUAGGCACAGAGCAAGGCCUUGUAGUGUCUUGCAAUCGCAAAGCAAAAACUCCAGCGGAAAAGAUUGUGUGCACAUACGGCGGACACCACGGCCCCAUUUAUGCCCUCCAACGGAACCCGUUCUUUCCUAAAAACUUUCUGACCGUGGGUGACUGGACCGCUCGCAUCUGGUCUGAAGACAUCAAAGAGUCCUCCAUCAUGUGGACAAAGUACCAUAUGGCCUAUCUGUUAGAUGGCUGCUGGAGUCCAGUGAGACCCUCAGUCUUCUUCACAGUAAAGAUGGACGGGACCCUGGACGUGUGGGACAUCCUUUUUAAACAGAACAACCCCACUCUCGGUGUCAAAGUUUGUGAUGAUGCUCUGUACAGCAUCCGGGUGCAAGAGAACGGCCGUUUCCUGGGCUGCGGCUCUCAGCUGGGAACCGUGACAAUGCUGGAGAUUUCUGCAGGUCUGUGUACACUACAGAAGAACGAGAAAGCCCUGGUCUCAGAGAUGUUUGAACGCGAGACCAAGCGAGAGAAGAUUCUGGAAGCCCGACACAGAGAGAUGCGUCUGAAGGAACGCAGCCGAUCCGAACAGAGCAGAGAGGACGAAGUGAAAGAGGGUGACGGGGAGGAGACUGCGGAGGAGCUGCUCGCCCGUGCAGAAAAAGAGUUCUUUGAGAUUUUGGAAGCCGAGAAGAAGAACGAGAGGAAUCAGGAGAAAGAAACUGACAAGGAGAAAGACGUUUGUGACGAAAAAAACAUCCAGGAGAAUGAAACUAAUGGUGUCGCAUCUUAUGCAAGAAGAAAAAGUGUCAUGUUGAAUUAGGAUGAGUCUAAUAGUUGAUUGGACCAUGAAAAAGUGGGCGGCACUUAUCAGACUGGAGCCAAAGUGUAGGGCAGGGGACUAACAUGAUGAAUGGUACACAAUGAGACCCGAUUUGUGUAUUAAGAGAGUAUAAAGGGUCAAUAUUAUAGUGACUUUAGGAAAUUAAUGCAACUGAAAACUGAAUGUUUUCCA